GAAUGCUAGUGUUUUUAUUUAGUUUCUUUUGAAAAAGAAUCUUGCUCAGAACGAUGUUCCAGGCAUGGGUCCCACCUCACUUAGUGUGCCUCUUUGUACAAGACUUUCCAGUUCUUUUUGCUUCUUUCUCUCUCUCCUUCUUCAUACAUAGGGACUUAGAAUGAAGAAUGUUAGAUUAUGUAAGGGGUUUAAAAGCAGAGUAUCGGAGAGUUCAAGCUCUAAGGGACAAAGGAUUGAAGAAAGUGAAUAGUAACCCAAGUUCAUUUUGGGAAUAAAUAGCAAAGCUACAACAGGAAUGCUAGUUUUUGACUCAACCUGGGGCAGUUCUCACAUUUCCUAGCAUUGCUCAGUACAACUAUCAUAGACAAAGCUGUGGGCAGGAUCAGGUGCAGUCACUUUAGUGUUUAGUGAAACUGGCAUGAAAUUUAAAUUCAUGAAGGCUGUACUUCAGCAUGGGAACCUUAAUCUAUGAUCCUACUGGGUGUGUUCGUUCUCUCUCUCUGUGUCUGUCUGUCUUUCUCUUCCUCUCUUCUCAUCAGGCCCAAGAUCUUCGACCUAAAAUUCUGGGAGGGUGAGGGAAAAGACCAACUAUGCUCUUGCCAAUCUUUAUGUCAGGGAAAGCUCAGGGCAGCUUGAGGCAGUGUUUCUGGCUGCCCAUGUCCCACCACAUACCACUGGAUGGUCUUGCAGGAGCACCCACUGUGCAGGGGAGUUUGUGGCAAUUGAGAUCGAUGCUCAACAAGGCAACAGGAAGGAGCGCCUUCUUGAAUUAUGCUUUCUAUGGCUGCUUCUGUGGUUAUGAUGGCAAAGGGCAGCCGUUGGACGACACUGACCGGUGCUGCUGGGCACAUGACUGCUGCUAUGAGAAGUUAGAAGGAAAAUGUGAAUCUAAACUCCAACAUUACAGCUUUACCUAUGACACAGGCAUUAUUACUUGUAAUGAUUCAGAAUUCUGCAAAUCUGAAAGCUGUAUUUGUGACAAGGCACUUGCCUACUGUUUGAAGGAACACACGAGCAGCUUCAACUCCUCGUACAAGCAUUUUCCAGGUUCCCAGUGUAGUGAGAAAAACCUUCCAUGCCCAGCUUGAGCCCACCAGGUCCCACUUUUGUCCUAAUCACUCAUUUCUCCUUCAGUUUUUCAAACUCCAAGCUUCAGAAUCCUCCAAGAUGGUUCCACAUCUGAGGCAUCAAUAAACAAAAUCAAAAAAGAGGUUCCUGGGAUUGGGUAGGGGAAGAGAGAGAAGGUAGUGAUCAUGGGACUGAGGGUCAGAAAGGCCUUAGUAAAUAUUGAGGGCAGAGGUGUCAGACGUGGCACUCAAGGGCUGACUGAGAUUAAAAUGUAAUUGGAAAAUAUAUCAACAAAAUA